GUCCUUUUUAGCGUUUGGUCAUUAAAAUGUCAUAAUGCGGGCGCAUCUAACCCAAACCCCCACCAAUGACUCUGUCCCAGAAUAAACAAUAACAUGAACAUGGACGGCAGCCUUAUUUACGAAGACCGCACAUACGCAUACGAAUCUCCGCUUUCUCUUCCUUUCGACUAGAUAUGCGAGUUUAAUAUUCUGAUUAUUCAUAAUCUUGUUGUAUCUAUGGCGCCCGAGAGGUACAAAAGCUGGGCGCAAAUGGGGGAGGAGGAGCGCAAAAAUUGGGAGCAGAUGGGGGAGGAGGGGCGCAUUGCCGAGCUUAAGCCGCACUAUUGCCCACCAUUGGAUGAAUCGAUGUUCCUGGCCAUCCUGUCAGAUUACGAUUACGAUCUUUCGUUGCCGAUAAACUUAGAGAAUGCGUGCAAGAGCCUUGACAUGCUGGCGGAGGAUGCUGAAGUUGAGGAGUCCAUGGGGUUCGAUCCGAGUGGGAGUAGUGGUGCGGUAGUGGGAGAUGGGGCGGAUGCUGUGGCGCAGGAUAACAGUGAGGGGCAUAGCACGUUUGCUUGGAGUAGCACGACGGAUGAUACGUCGCUGAGCCAGGGCUUUGCGACACUUGGUCUCGAGGGGGAGGAUUUGAGGGAUGCGGGUCGACAGAAUUCGCAAGAUAGAGCCGCGGGGGGCGAGGCUAAUAGCUAUGAUGCCCAGUUCAAGGGGAUGGACCUUGCUGCGAAGGAGGCUGUGCUCGUGGAGACUUUCCCAGGCCUGAAGCCGUAUGAUAUCAAGCAUACGCUCAAGAUGUGCAAGAGCGAUACCGAGAAAGCCAUGGAAGAGCUGCUGAACCAAGUUUACCUUGAAGAAAACCUUGGUCGGCGACAGGGGGUCGAUGGGUUCUACGAGGAGAGCGAUAUCCCACCCGUGAAGAAGAAGGGUCGGAAUCGGAAAAAGAGACAGGAACCAUCAACGCAAAAUUAUGUCUCGACGACUUCUGACACGCGUCCGGAGGUUGCUGAGAGCAAGUGGGAGAGCGCCAGACGCGAUGUCGAGACCAUUUCAAACCUUACCGGCAUGCCAACCAAGCAGGUUGGGUCACUAUAUCACAAGCACGGCACUCUUGUCCCGCCAGUACUCAAUGCCAUCAUCGACGCCCACCAAGAACUCGGACUCGACGAUAAUGACAGUUCUAUGCAUCUCAAAGCCUUGGAGCUGAAUCACGACUACCCCGCCAUCCCAAUAACGAGGCUCCUAGCCAUCGUCCAAAUAUGCACCUCCGCUCACUCAUCACCCCGCGACCUCGUCAGGGCUCUCACAUCCCGACCAUACAGCAGCGGUACACAAUCCCCCAUGAGUCCCAUCCAACUAGAAUUCCGCCUUCCACCCCCCGACCUCUCCGGCCCCUCAGAGAGCAAGCUGAAGCCAAACUCCCACAACGCAGUCUACGCCAAUGGGCAAAGCUCGCAACAGACCUCUGCUUACGCCACAGAUGGCAGGGACUACAAGGCCCUCAGCAACGGAGCCUACAACCAAGCCGCCGCCGCCUACAAAAGAGGCAAGUCUGACCCCCUGAUGGGCGGCGCCGCGGCGUACUACUCCUCUGUCGGCCGUGACUACGGCGCGAAGGCUAAGAGCGCCACGUCUGCUACUGCGAACGCGACAGCCGCGAGGCAGUCGACUGCGUCACAGCUGGAUCUUCACGGGAUUGGCGUCGCGGACGCGGUGAGGAUCGCGAGGGAGAAGGUGACAUCGUGGUGGGUGGGAUUGGGGGAUCGAGUGAAUGGUCAUGGGGGGUAUAAGAUUAUUACGGGGAAGGGGACGCAUAGUGAGGGGGGAGUGGCGAGGGUUGGGCCGGCGGUUAGUAGGAUGUUGAUUCGGGAGGGGUGGAGGGUUGAGGUGGGGAGUGGGUCGAUGGUUGUUACGGGGGUGGUGAAGGUGGGGAAGGGGAUGUGAUUUGAUUUAUUUUUACUGUCUUGUCUUUGAAGCAGGGCGUUGGGUUAGGGUGUUUGGAUAGCUUGGGUAUAGCGAGCGAGAGCCAUAUCUUGGAGCUGGUGCAUCGAUGUCUUGAGUAGGGAAUAUCUACGUGGAUACAGCGUUGCAUUUUUUAUAUCGAUGUUAGAUUUACCUAUGCGGAUAUAGCGUUGAUUUUGUAGAGCAGUGUUAGAUUUCACUAGCAGCCGAAUGUCAGUAUAUACGCG